AAUUAGUACUACUCUAAUUUAUUUAUUUAUUUAUUUUUAUAAAAAAUAAAAUAAAGGGAAGGUAAGAGGGAGUCAUAUGAGGAAUAGGUGGGCAGCAUGGGCCAUAUACAAACAAUGCCAGCGGCAGCGGUAACGGCAGAGACCUUCUGCACGCCCAACAACAAUAUCAACCCCAACUCCAAGACUAUUAUCCCCACAUCUACCUUAUUCAUUAUUAUUGAUUCUCCUUCUCUUUCUCUAUACUCCUCUACACAAAAACAAAAUACCUUUACGUAUGUGGGGUGUGUGGAUAAUACCAAUACACCAAAGGUGAAAAAUUCAAUGAAUAAUAAAUAAUAAUUAUAAUAAUAAUAGUAGGGGUAGAGGGGAAAGAGUUGAUAAGAAACACGAGAGUUCUUUCUCUCCAAAGAAAGAGCCAAAACCAAAGCUAAAGCCACGGCAAAAAAAAGAAGGAAGAACAAAGCAAAGCAAAGGAAAGGCAAAACCAAGAACCAGAAUAAGACGGGCUACCCCUCUCUUUCUCCCUUUCUUGGACUGAUUCUACAUCAUCUCUCUCUCUUUCUCUUUCUUUCAUAUGCUUUCAAAAGCAUUACCAAAGAAGCAAGCAUCAUAAGCAAACAAACAAACAAGCAAAGGAGGCAAAGCAAGGCAAGUUUUUUGAGGAGGAAAAACACACACAAGAAAGUUAUAGAAAAAAGAUAAAAGUUUUUAGGUUGUGGAGAAAAGUGUGAAGGGAGAAGAUGGUCAUCAUGUUGGUGUUCUUGUAAAUGGUUUCUUCAUUCACUUAUUAACCUCACUCACUCAUAUUCUCUCUCUAUUGAGAAUAUAAAAGCUUCUUUCCUUUUUCUCCCUUGUCCCUCAUUCUUUACAUUUCUUUGAAGGGUGUCACUGAAGAGUCUUCCCUGCCUUGGUUUAUGGCAUCUUCUUCUCUAUUCAUGCUGUUUAUGUGUUAGCCCUUAAUCAGUCUGAAACCCCUCCCCUCCUCUUCCCUCACCCACCCACCAAUCACACAUCUCUUCAUUACCAUCUUCCAACUUAGAAUCCCUUUUUCUCUCUAUAUAAUCUAUCUACCUUUCAUUUCCUGUAUCAACUCUGAUCAUAUCGCAUUUAUCCCCAUUUCAAGAAAUGGCUGUUCAAGCUCAAUAUCCAUCAAAUGUUCUCUUUCUAAACAGAAAUGUACAAGAAGGAAAAGGCCCACUGGGUAAUGAUUAUUCAUUACAACCUCGACCUGGUGGUGCUGGUGGUGGCGGAGGUGGAUCUUUUCUUGAUCAAACACAAAUGCUAUUCAAUCCAGGAGCAGGUUCAAAUUCAAGAAAGAGAGGAAGAGAACUUACAAGUACAACAGCGCCAAUGAAUCCAUUGAUGACAAUGCAAUCUCAGCCUCAACCGCAACUCAUUGACCUCACUCAGCUCCACACAUCGGCUCCAUUGCAGCAACAGCCACCAAAUGUUGUCUCCACCGGACUCCGUUUAGCUUUCGGAGAUCAGCAACAACAACAGCAGCAGCAUCAAUUACAGCAACAACAACAUCAUCAUCACCAUAACUCUCUUUCUCCUCAAUCCUCUCAAUCAUCAGCUUUCUAUUCAAUAUUAACAGAAGACUUAGCUACUCAUAUCAAACAACAACGUGAUGAAAUUGAUCAUCUCCUCCUCAUUCAGGGAGAGCAAUUGAGGCGUACGCUAGCAGAGAAGAGACAACGCCACUACCGAGCACUGAUCGGAGCAGCGGAGGAAUCAAUGGCGCGAAGGCUAAGAGAAAAAGAAGCAGAGAUAGAAAAAGCAGCUCGUAGAAAUGCAGAGCUAGAAGCACGUGCAGCGCAGUUAACCGCGGAGGCGCAGGCAUGGCAAGCAAGAGCUAGAGCACAGGAAGUAACAGCAGCAACACUUCAAGCACAGCUACAACACGCAAUGAUCAACAACAACAAUGGAAGAAGUAACAACGAAAGAGAAGAAGGAAAAGCAGGUGAACCGGAGGAUGCUGAAUCGGCCUACAUUGACCCGGACCGAGUAAUUGAAUCGACCGGUGGCGGUCCGAGCUGCAAAGGGUGCAGAAAACGGGUUGCAUCAGUAGUAAUAUUGCCGUGUCGCCAUAUGUGCAUGUGUAGAGAAUGUGAUGCUGUUGCUCAAGCAUGCCCAUUGUGUUUCUCCAUUAGAAGCUCAAGUGUUGAGGUCUUUUUCACUUAGAAGCCCAGGCCCAACUUGAAAAGCCCAAAUCAUGGCCCACUUUGUUUUUUGGCCCAAGACCAAGUUAAUGUUCUAAUGGUAAAAACGAAGUUUUUUUUUC